AUGGGUGGAGCUCCGACUACAACAGGCACAUACGAUGCCGCCCUCCAGCGCCGCCAAGCCCUCAUGGGUGCUUCCGGUGCUCGAGCUUUGGUAAAGAACUGGAAAGUCGCUAGAAUUGCUGCUUUUGCUUGCAUCGGUGGUAUUCUCUACGGAUACAACCAGGGAAUGUUUUCAGGAAUUUUGACCAUGCCUGCUUUCGAACGACACAUGGGAGAUUAUGUCAAGAACCAAACCAAGAAAGGAUGGUUGACUUCCAUUCUCGAACUCGGUGCUUGGCUCGGCACUGUUCUUUCCGGCGCUAUCGCUGAGCUUUGCUCGAGAAAAUAUGGUAUUCUUAUUGCGACUAUGGUUUUUAUUAUUGGUGUUGUUAUUCAGGCUACUGCUAUUCAAGCUGGAUACCAAGUCAUUCUUGCUGGUCGAUUCAUCACGGGUAUGGGUGUUGGUAGUUUGUCUACUAUUGUUCCUCUUUACAACUCCGAAUGUGCUCCUCCGGAAGUUCGUGGUGCUCUCGUCGCUCUUCAGCAACUCGCCAUUACCUUUGGUAUCAUGGUUAGUUUCUGGAUCGACUACGGCACUCACUUCAUCGGCGGCACAGGCGAAGGCCAAUCCGACGCAGCAUGGCAAAUCCCAAUCUGUCUCCAACUCGGUCCCGCAGUAGUCCUCUUCAUCGGAAUGAUGUGGAUGCCCUUCUCCCCCCGAUGGCUCCUUCACCACGGCCGCGAAGAAGAAGCUCGCCAAGUCCUCGCCAACCUUCGUGACCUUCCCACCGACCACGAACUCAUCGAGCUUGAAUUCCUUGAGAUCAAGGCCCAGUCUCUUUUCGAGAAACGAUCUCUGGCUGAACGUUUCCCUCAUUUGCAGGAACAGACUGCUGGAAAUAUCUUCAAAUUGCAGUUUGUCGCUAUGGGAGCGCUUUUUAAGACAAAGGCUAUGUUUAAGCGUGUUAUUGUUGCCACCGUUACUAUGUUCUUCCAGCAGUGGACCGGUAUCAAUGCUAUUCUUUACUACGCUCCCUCCAUCUUUGGCCAACUCGGUAUGAGCAGCACCACCACAUCUCUCCUCGCCACAGGAGUCGUCGGAAUCGUCAUGUUCAUCGCCACCAUCCCCGCCGUUCUCUGGAUCGAUCGUCUGGGUCGUAAGCCAGUUCUUGCUGUCGGUGCUGUCGGCAUGAGUAUUUGCCAUCUCAUCAUCGCCGUCAUUCUCGCUAGGAACAUUGAUAACUUUGAGAACAACCAAGCAGCUGGUUGGGCAGCUAUUGUCAUGGUUUGGCUUUUCGUCAUCCAUUUCGGAUACUCUUGGGGUCCUUGUGCCUGGAUUAUCAUUGCUGAGAUUUGGCCCCUUAGCACCCGACCUUAUGGUGUGUCUCUCGGUGCUUCGAGUAACUGGAUGAACAACUUUAUCGUUGGUCAAGUUACUCCUGAUAUGUUGGAGGGUAUUACCUACGGAACAUACAUCCUGUUCGGUCUCUUGACUUUGAUGGGUGCUGGAUUUAUCUGGUUCUUUGUCCCUGAGACCAAGCGUCUUUCUCUUGAAGAAAUGGAUAUCAUCUUUGGAUCCGAGGGAGCUGCUCAGGCUGAUAACGAGAGAAUGGCUGAGAUUAACAGAGAGAUUGGUCUUGAUGAUAUCAUCUACAAUGCAGGUGCUGUCCACUCUGCUCACUCCCACGACGAUGUCAAGGAGAUCAAGGCUUAA